AAAAAAAAUGAAAGAGAGCUAGAGUGGCCGUUGAAACGGCUUAUAGCUCCACCUCACACUUCUCGUUGGCGAUCAACGUGUUCAUAGAGAUCAAUUCAAACCCAAUUUCCCAUUUUCUCCGCAAAAAAACCAAAACCCAACAAAAAAAAAAAAAACACACAGAAUCCCAGAAAAUCAAAUCCACCCAUUUCUAAUUCUCUUUUCUUAGCCUGCACCACCACCACCACCACCCCUUCUUUCUUUUUCUUCACCCCAUUCCCAAACGGUGGUGUUUGCACGGCUUAGGCAAACAAGGUACAAAAUUUUCUUCUUUUUCUUAUAUAUAUAUAGAAUUUCAUUCUCUGGAUGUGUUUUUGGUUUUGAGUUUUUUAUUUUUCAAAAGCAAAAAAAAAAGGGGAAAUGCAACACAAUUUAUUUACAACAAUGCGUAGUUUGAAAAUCAUGGAAGGGUGUAAAGGCACACAAGUCUAUGCGUUAAACCCAUCAAAUCCACCUCCUCCUGGUGUAGGAGAUAAACUUUUGCACCAUCUUCAAGACCAUUUAAGAGCCAAUUCAAUUCGAUCCAAAUCCAACCGAAAUUACCCACCACCUAAUAUGACAGUCCCUAAUGUUGUUGUUGUGUCCGAAAGUCUUUUACGAUGUGGGCUUCCUGGGACGGAUCUACUCGAGCCCCAGAUUGAGCCUUGUCUUAAAUCUGUUGAUUUUGUGGAAGCCCUGGCUGAUGUGCAUCGUAGGAUUGAGAGUUGUGACCAGUUUGAGAAAUCAAGGUUGUAUCUUGAGCAAUGCGCGAUGUUUAGGGGUUUGGCUGAUUUGAAGCUGUUUAGAAGGAGUCUUAGGUCGGCUAGGCAACACGCGGUGGAUGUGCAUAAUAAGGUGGUGAUCGCGGCGUGGUUGAGGUAUGAGAGGAGAGAGGAUGAGUUGAUUGGGUACUCCACCAUGGAUUGUUAUGGCCGGAAUGUUGAGUGUCCUAAGGCUAGUUUGGUUUCGGGUUAUGAUCCUGAGUCGGUGUAUGAUUCGUGUGAUUGUUAUCGGGGACGUAGGGAGGAUGUUGAGAAUGAUGGGGUUUUGAUUGAGGGUGAGGAAGAGUGUUCGACAUCUGAGGAAGAUUGUGAUUUGUCUUUUUGUAUUGGGGAUGAUGAGAUUAGGUGUAUACGGUACAAGAUGGCUUUGUUAUCAAGACCGUUUGGUGCAAUGUUGUAUGGUGAAUUCAAGGAGUCAAGAAGGGAGAAGAUAAAUUUUUCACAGAAUGGAAUUUCUGCCGACGCAAUGAGGGCUGCAGAAAUUUUUAGCAGGACAAAAAGGUUAAGUUGGUUUAAUGUGCAUAUUGUUUUGGAGCUACUUUCUUUGGCAAACAGGUUUUGUUGUGAGGAGAUGAAGCAUGCUUGUGAUGUUCAUUUGGCAUCUUUGGUUAGUGACAUGGAGGACGCGAUGUUGUUGAUUGAGUAUGGAUUGGAGGAGAACGCAUAUCUUCUAGUGGCAGCUUGCUUGCAGGUGUUCUUGAGAGAGCUCCCAAGUUCAAUUCACAAUCCUAAUGUGAUGAGAUUUUUUUGUAGUUCAGAGGCUUGCGAAAAAUUGGCUACAGUUGGGCAUGCUUCUUUUGUUUUGUAUUAUUUCUUGAGCCAAAUUGCCAUGGAGGAAGACAUGAAAUCAAACAUUACGGUGAUGCUUCUGGAAAGGUUGCAAGAGUGUGCAGUUGAAGUUUGGGAGAAGCAGCUUGCAUUUCACCAGUUGGGUGUUGUGAUGAUUGAGAGGAAAGAAUAUAAAGAUGCACAAUGUUGGUUUGAGGCAGCGGCUGAGGUGGGUCAUAUUUAUUCAUUAGUGGGUGUUGCAAGGGCUAAGUAUAAGCGUGGCCACAAGUAUUCAGCAUACAAGCAGAUGAACUCACUCAUUUCAGAUUAUACACCAGUUGGAUGGAUGUAUCAGGAGCGAGCUAUGUAUUGUGUUGGGAAGGAGAAGAUGACUGAUUUAAAAACUGCAACUGAAUUGGAUCCAACUCUCACUUAUCCAUACAAGUAUCGGGCUGUUGCUCUGGCGGAGGAGAAGAAGAUUGGAGCAGCAAUCUCAGAAAUCAAUAAAAUAAUUGGAUUCAAGGUCACACCUGAUUGCCUUGAACUACGUGCCUGGUUUGCUAUUGCUCAAGAAGAUUAUGAUGGAGCUCUAAGAGACGUCCGGGCACUUUUGACAUUGGAACCAAAUUAUAUGAUGUUUCAUGGGAAAAUGCAUGGUGACCACUUAGUAGAGCUCCUCCGUCCUCAUGUUCUGCAGUGGAGUCAGGCUGAUUGCUGGAUGCACCUAUAUGACCGAUGGUCCUCUGUUGAUGAUAUUGGCUCUCUAUCUGUGGUACACCAUAUGUUGGCAAAUGACCCCGGAAAGAGUCUCCUACGCUUUCGGCAGUCACUUCUUCUAUUACGCUUAAAUUGUCAAAAGGCAGCUAUGCGUAGCCUCCGGUUGGCUAGAAAUCACUCUUCUACUGAGCAUGAAAGGCUUGUCUAUGAAGGAUGGAUACUAUAUGAUACUGGCCAUCGUGAAGAAGCAUUAGCUAAGGCUGAGGAGUCCAUUUCCAUACAGAGAUCCUUUGAAGCCUUCUUUCUUAAAGCAUAUGCUUUAGCAGACUCUAGUCUUGAUCCAAAGUCUUCAAUUUAUGUGAUCCAGCUUUUGGAGGAAGCUCUUAGAUGCCCUUCAGAUGGCCUUCGGAAAGGACAAGCACUAAAUAAUCUAGGGAGUGUCUAUGUAGACUGUGAUAAGCUGGAUCUUGCUGCUGACUGCUACACGAGUGCACUUAACAUCAAACAUACGCGAGCACAUCAAGGUCUGGCACGUGUAUAUCAUCUUAAAAAUCAACGCAAAGCUGCUUAUGAUGAGAUGACGAAGCUUGUAGAGAAGGCCCAAAACAAUGCAUCAGCUUAUGAGAAACGUUCAGAAUACUGUGACCGUGACAUGGCAAAGAGUGAUCUUAGUAUGGCAACACAAUUAGAUCCCUUGAGGACAUACCCUUACAGAUAUAGGGCGGCGGUUUUAAUGGAUGACCACAAAGAAGCUGACGCCAUAUCAGAGCUUACAAGGGCCAUUACUUUCAAGCCCGACCUGCAGCUGCUACAUCUUCGAGCGGCAUUUCAUGAAUCAAUGGGGGAUUAUGUCUCCACCAUCCAAGACUGUGAAGCAGCCCUGUGUCUCGAUCCAAACCAUUCUGAAACUCUUGAACUCUAUAACAAAGCAAAGGAGCGGGUUAAUGAACAUUGAAUAACAAAGUGAAGAUCAGAAAUCUCUAAUUGUGUUUCUUUUCUUCACUAUAUUUAUGGGUGCAAUCUUAGUCCUGCCACUGGUUCUUUUCUACAAUAAGGCCAGCACUCUGUCAAUGCAGCGCUACAUAUAUUUUUCGAUUUGUUUCAAGAAACAUUCAACUACCAAAUUUGGCAUGGCCUUUGAGAUAAAAGGAAUUCAGGAGGAAAAUGAGAAUUUUGUUUUUUUUUUUUUUAAAGAUGGAACAUAGAGAAGCAAGAUAGUAUGUAAAUAUGUCAACUGGGUUAUGGAUUGGAUCAAGUGGUGAUACAUGUGGUGCAGACUGCUGCUGCUGUUUAGUAUACUCUUUUGGUUGAAAUAGUUGUUAAAUUACUGACGGUGGAAACAAACUUGUACAUGAAAUGGCAGCUUGUGGUUUAAGUUUGUUCAGUUUAGAGGCUUUACAUUCAUUGUUUCUUGGCUGAGGGAUGAUACAUAUCAUAACAUUUUUCA